AUGUCACAAGCCUUUCGUCAAGUUAUGAGGACUUUGUCAUAUCCAACUAUGAUUGUAACGUCGGCUAUUCCGAAAGGUACAAAACCCUUAGAUUUUCAUGGUCUCACAAUAUCAUCUAUGACAUCGCUUUCAAUCAACCCCAAACCAUUGAUUCAAUUUAACAUUAAAACACCUUCGGGCACAUCAGCAAACAUUAAAAAGAAUAAAAUUUUUGCCAUCCAUUUCUUGGAACCUAAGGAAACUAAUAUUAAUUUGGCCAAACAGUUUAGUCGAGGAAUAAAAGAUAAAAUGACAAGACCUUUUUCUUGUCUGAUCGAGAAUAAGGAUUAUAUAUGUUAUGAUAGUGUAUCUUUCAGUUCACAACCUAAUAUAAUGCUACCCAUUUUAAAAAAUACGGGGAAAAUUUUAAUAUGUCUAUCCAAAGACGUCUUUAAAGUUGAAGAUCAUGAGAUUUGGGUAGGUGAAGUCUUAGAAAUACUGCCUUCUCAAAAUCAUAAUGAGUAUAAUAGCAAUAGCAAUACAAUUAGUAGUGAUGGUGGUUUAUUACAUUGUAUGGGUCAUUUUUUUAAAAUAGGUGAUUCGAUUUAG